AGCCAAGCGUGCUGGCGGAUCUAACCCGAAACGAAAGGGCGGAAUAGAGUUCGUAGGGUCCGAUAUCAUUUCUGACCCGGAUUGGCUGUGCAUCUGCCUCCGGCGAGGCUGCAACCACUUGAGGUACCGAUUCCUGAAUGAAUUGUGUCUCGAGGCGCGUCGGCGUCUAAUUGGAUAUCCCGUUCGGAUCUUUGAAAUCGACAAGAGAAUGGUGAGGGGAUUGCUCAACAAGCUCGUAUCCCGGACGAUCUCCGUCGCCGGGAAAUGGCAACAGCAACAACUCCGCCGCCUCAACAUCCAUGAGUACCAGGGAGCUGCAUUGAUGAGCAAACAUGGAGUCAAUGUUCCAAGAGGUGUAGCUGUUUCCUCUGUUGAAGAAAUAAAAAGGGCAAUCAAGGACGUGUUUGCUGACGAAAGGGAGUUGGUGGUUAAAAGUCAAAUUUUGGCCGGUGGACGAGGUUUGGGAACAUUUAAAAGUGGUCUGAAGGGAGGAGUUCACAUCGUCAAGACUGAACAAGUUGAAGACCUUGCCGGGAAGAUGCUUGGGCAGAUACUAGUUACCAAACAAACUGGUCCACAGGGAAAACUUGUUAGCAAGGUUUACCUGUGUGAAAAGUUGUCGCUUGUGAAUGAAAUGUAUUUUGCUAUAACACUGGAUCGUAAAACUGCCGGUCCUCUUAUUAUUGCUUGUAGAAAGGGAGGAACCAGUAUUGAAGACCUGGCAGAGAAAUUCCCAGACAUGAUUGUAAAGGUACCUGUUGAUGUUUUUGAGGGGAUUACGGAUGAAGAUGCUGCAAAGGUAGUUGAUGGUUUGGCUCCCAAAGGGGCAGAUAGAAACAAAUCAAUUGAGCAAGUGAAGAAUUUAUACAAACUUUUUUGUGAGUGUGACUGCACUCUUUUGGAAAUCAAUCCGCUAGCUGAGACUGCUGAUAACCAGUUGGUGGCCGCUGAUGCUAAGUUGAACUUUGAUGAUAAUGCUGCAUAUCGUCAGAAAGAGAUAUUUGCUCUCCGCGAUACAUCCCAAGAGGAUCCUCGGGAGGUGGAUGCUGCGAAGGCAGAUUUAAAUUAUAUUGGAUUAGAUGGAGAAAUUGGUUGCAUGGUGAAUGGAGCUGGGUUGGCGAUGGCCACAAUGGACAUAAUCAAAUUGCAUGGGGGUACUCCUGCUAACUUUCUCGAUGUAGGUGGAAAUGCCUCUGAAAGCCAGGUGAUUGAAGCAUUUAAAAUAUUGACUGCUGAUGACAAGGUGAAAGCAAUUUUGGUGAACAUUUUUGGUGGUAUAAUGAAGUGUGAUGUUAUAGCAGGUGGAAUUGUAAAUGCUGCGAAACAGGUCGCACUAAAGGUACCGGUAGUAGUACGUCUUGAAGGCACCAAUGUUGACCAGGGAAAAAGAAUUUUGAAGGAAAGCGGCAUGACGUUGAUAACAGCGGAGGAUUUGGAUGAUGCUGCUCAGAAAGCAGUAAAAGCAGCUUACAGUUAAAGGAGCCUUUUGUUCUAAUUUUCACAUUCAACGCAGAUGGGCUGAAAAUACCCAUUGAAGCCCAAAGAAAAACAUUUUUUAUUUUUAAAAUUCAAGUGUGGUUAUUAACCCAGCUUUUCCAAUAAAUCGGUGCUUCUCACUCGCAUGAGUUUGAAUUGAUGCUGAUAAUGGCAAUUUGGCUUAUUCGGUUUCAUUCCUAUCAGUACCGAUCCUUCUUUUUAUUUCCAUGUUAAUAAAUCUUCAGUUAAUG